AAAGGCCACUGGGCCUCUGUCCUCAUCCCCUCCUCGAUAAUUCUUCCCCAGAACCUGGCCCUCCGUGAUAGGAAUGUCCCUGGAAAGUUAUCCUCCAUUUUAAGAGCCUCACAGUUGGCCAGUGGAGACACAAAGCGGCUUACUCUCCUUAGAACCCUGCGUACUAUGGCGUGGGCACAGGCAGCAUUGUGCCCAGUGAUACCAAGCCUCCGCCUUCCCUAUGGCCCUGUUCCUGAGCCACCAUCCAUCUGCCAGGCCCUGUGCCCGUGCUUCAUAGAAUCCUUUACCUACUCCUAUCCUUUAAAAUCUCUUUACUAGGGGAAGACAAGGUCCCUGAGAGGUACAGCCAGUCCCCCCGCACAGUCAUGCGACUGGAACUCAGAAGUCUUUCUGCUUUUGAAAGUUCUCUGUUCCCGGAGAGCCUGAAAAACAAGAACAAGAAGAAGGGCAAGGAUGAGAAGUGUGGCUCGGAGGUGACCACUCCGGAGAACAGCUCGUCUCCAGGGAUGAUGGACAUGCACGAUGAUAACAGCAACCAGAGCUCCAUAGCAGACGCCUCCCCCAUCAAGCAGGAGAAUAGCAGCAACUCCAGCCCCGCCCCAGAGCCCAAUGCACCCGUGCCCAGCGAUGGCGCUGAGGCUAAGGCUGAUGAGACGCAGGCCGACGGAAAGGAGCACCCUGGAGCUGAAGAUGCAUCCGAGGAGCAAAAUUCACAGUCUUCGAUGGAAAACUCGGUGAACAGCUCAGAGAAGGCGGAACGGCAGCCAUCUGCAGAGUCAGGGUUGGCGGCAGAACCGUCGGCAGUCUCUCAGGAUUUGGAAGGAGUGCCACCGUCUAAAAAGAUGAAGCUGGAGGCUUCUCAACAGAACUCUGAAGAGAUGUAGACGGCCCGGCAGAACCUUCUGGUCCAUGUUUCAUGGCAGGUACAUCAGCAGGCUUAAUUCUAGAAACACGGCCCAAGCGACUCCUCUUGGGUGCGAGCAGAACUAACGUUUCAAGUUUACUAAAGUGCAAAUCCAAGAAGAACCUAGAGCGGCGGAAACGGCAGCAGAGGCGGCAGCAGCGGUGGAACUUCGCAGACACUUGACGGACUCUGCUGUGAAACCGAAACACUCGAACCUUCAAGUGACUGCCCUUGGGGAGGUGGGUCGACAGCUCAGGAGUGUGUGCGCACUGUCUCGGAAGCCAAGAUUACAUUUGUGUUGCUGCUGAACUGAAUCCCCCUCCCCCACUUCUCUAUUUAACGAUAUAAGCUAUUCGAGGGUGGUACCAAUCAGGAAUUUGCUUUCCAUAGGGGCUUUUGGCUCUUCAACCAAUUCCUUCUGCUUUCUUUUUUUGUGCCUUGUACCCUAGAGGUGACCUCCGGCAUGCUUCCUGGUUUUUGCAUCUCUCCUGGCAAAGUGCCCACUUGUUUUGGUUGGCUGCUGCCCCCCCCAUCCCCACCUCCACCCCUUAUUGCCUCUCUCCUCCCUGCCUCAAGACUGCUUCAAAGCAAGCAGGGUAGAGUGGUGGGAGACCAGGCACCUUUCAGUGACCCCCUGGUUCAGGUGAGCAGUGUUUGGGCACACCCUGAGCCCCAACUUCCAGGGCCCCUGGGGCUACAAGUUCAGGGGACCCCCGUUUCCCAAGGGCUGGUCUCCUUGGUUCAGGACACACCCUCACCUUUUAGAGCCAUGGAGACUAGGCGUUUGCAAGGCACAGUAGCCCAGAUUGACAAGCAAAGCCUUUAGAAUUUUCUGGCACUUCCACCCUAUCUCCACCCGCACCCCCACACCCCCCUCUCCCCGACUCUGGCCACAACUGGCACUUGGUUCUCCAGGUCCUCCGAAGAUGAAAUGACUGACUGAGCUUGUCUCCUUAGGGUAGUACAGGGCUGGGAGGUUGGGAGCCAGCGGCGAAAGGAACAGCUGGUGCUGAACUAACUCUCCCACAGGACAUUGCUUGGAUUUCAAAUCCAUGGAAGCCUGCUGCCCUUUGUCUCUGUCUCCUGUCCACCACACCUCGAGUCCCCCCCCCCCAAAAAAAAAAAAAAUCCCAGGCAGGAUGCUCCUGGUAUGUCAUGACUCUGAGAGGCCACAGGUGGAGCCCCAUUCUCAGUACCGUGCUGUUGGUCUCCACUGGGGACCGGACCUUAACCAUUGGGCCUCAAAGGCCAGAAGCAAGGCACAGAGGAACCGGGAAGAUUUGCACACACGCCCCCCCAGAAAGGAGCCUCGGAGGCGCUCCCUCCCCCUCCUCUUCCUUGCACCGACACAGCUCUCGCUCACUCAGUGGAGACGCCACUUGGAUGGACGGACUGCCCAGCUGUUGAUUUCUGAGGCCUGGUUUGCUCUUAAUCCCUUUGCUGGACCCCUCAGAUCUUAAAAGCUUCCCCUAUGCUUUCUUACUGCACUGGAGUUCGAACUCCCUAUGAGUUGUGUGUUGGGGGGAGGGGCGGGCGGGGUGGGUUUUGUUUUGGUUUUGUUUGUUUUUUUGUUGCGUUUUGUUUCUUUUGCUAAUUGGUGCAUAUUCAGGUACCACCUUUUGAUGUGUGGGAUCUUUCUCCAAACCACCACAGAGAAGUGUCUGCCGGGCUCCGUUUUCUAAGAGUUUCUGAGGGGACGGCUCCCCUUUCUUUCUUUCUUUCUUUCUUUCUUUCUUUUUUUCUUUCUUUUUUUUUUUGUUUCAUGGAGCUGUCUAUUUCCUAUACUUCAAAAAGAAUCAAAAUGUUCCUGAAUUUUAAAUACCUCAUGCAAAAAAUAUCUCCUGAAAUAAGGGAAACAAACAAACAAAAAAACUUUGAAAAAUCGUAAUGUUGAAGUUAGCAAUGCUAAAAUGUUUCUGUCUUAAAAAAAAAAAAAAAAAAGUCUUGUACUUAGCGAUUUUGCCCCUCAGGCAGUCAGUUCUGUCAAGAACUGUAUUCUGUGUCUUGGCCCGGAAGCCACUGGAUGCAUGACCUCCAACGGAUCUCAAGGUCAAGGCGUCUUUACCUCCAGAUUCUAGAGUUAGGACAACAGUUUUCUUUUGCAGCAAAACUCCGUUCUGGUGAAAGAUGGAUUUGGAUAUUUAUUUCUUUUUUUUUUUCUGGGAAACAAGAGGUUAAACAACGUAAGCAGCUGAGGGAGAACCCAGCACGGGCAUCCACGGGGCAUCCACGGAGCCAGCGGCGCGGCCAGGGCCGCCUAUACCUCUUCUACCCUCCGCAGCCUCUCUGGACAGUCAGGAGGAGACGAUGCAGUUGAGAAAGAAGACAACGAUGAGGUUCGAGGUACCGAGGCUGUCAUUAGUUUUUCUCUGAAGUGCCUGAACGUAGGAAUGGGCCGUCGUCGACGGAGGGGACCAUUCGGAUGCCCCCCGACGGCCGCGCCAGGCAAAGAGCCAGCAGCCCUGCACUCCACACUGGCCAGGAAAAGCCUUCCACGAGGAGCGGUCAGACUGCAAAAUCCAAUGUGCUUCCUUCCCCGCCACGGUCCUCUCUCUCUCUCGGGGAGCGGGUGGUCCCCGUCCCUGAACCCCCUAGUCUGCAUCCCCACCACCAAAUCUAAGACCUUUCAUCUGGCUGAGCCAGGGGCAAAGGGGAUCCUAAGCCAAUGCCUUCCGUGGACAACAGGCCCCACGGCCUAAAGGGCUCCCAGGGCAAACUUCCCCCAACACUUGAAGGUGGUGGGGUCGGGAGUGGGGGGGAUGGCGGCUACACAUUCCACAAAGCGCAGCACUCGCACCCACAACCCGGAAGGAAGGCUCUUAAGCGAUUCUCAGAGGGUGGUGACUGCCCAUCAUCGUCAGACGGUGUCGUGGUUUGGAAUGUUAAUUAUUGCCGAGGAACUAGUUAGAGGUAUAAAGACCUUUUUUCACGGUUACCUAAUUUUUCUUUUCCUCUUACAAUUUUUUUUUUUUGGUGUGUUGUACAGCAGUAUAAUUUUUCACUUAUUUAUUCCAUCGGUAGAUAUUGUUUGUACAAUGUACAAUGGUUUCAUUUCAGAAAAUAAUAAUAAUAAUAAAAAAAAGUUCUGAUCAUGA